GCGGCGGGUUAAGUUCGUUAGAUAGUCAGAGCGCAAGGAAAAACCUAAAAUCCACUUGAGUAUCCCAGGUCCCCCGACGAAGAGAAAACGCGGUCUUGCACCCAAAGACCCAACCAUCACACACAUACACACACACACACGCACAUAGAGAGCGAGAGAUAUCCAUAAAAAGGGCCGCGACAAGUGUUACGAGUGCAAAGCAAAAGCAAAACUAAAAGCGAAAAACAACCGAAAAUAAGUAAAAUAAAGCCAAAACGACCAAGAAAAGAAAAUAAUAAGAUAAAAAAAUAAAUAGCAGGCGACAAAGCCAACAAAAACGUACUUCCAGCCGCAAUUAAAAAAUUUGUUUUGUGUGUAAAUCUGUGAAGAAGAUAGUUGUUGGAUUUGGAGCGGCAAUUACGAAACCUGGGUUUCCGCCAGCCCAAGUGAAAAGUUUUGACAAAUCGUAAUCCCCUUGCCCAAGUCCCCUGCCCCUACCCAUCUCUUAGUCAUAGACAGCACAGCACCAAAUGGGUCACCUGUCCACAUCGGAGCGCGUGUGCAGCACCACGCCCAUGGCCAGCACAGGUGAGGGCAGCCCGCCGCUGCUGGCGCGCCGUGCCAAGCUGAGCAGCGAGGCGCAGGCGCGCCGCAGCGAGGACUCAUCGCCCGAGUCGAUGCCGCGCGGCAAGCAGCAGCAGCAGCCGCAGCAACAACAACAGCAACAGCAGAAGUCGGUGCCACUGUCAGCAGAGCCGGCGGUCAAGAAUAUUCCAAAGCAUCUGAUCGACUACAUACCCAAGGAUCAAAUCAACAUGGAGGAAUACGUUCGCAAUUUCAAGGGCGACAAUAUCCUGGGCUGGCGCUUCAACGCGCCCCUCAAAUGGGACAAGGUCAUACAGAUCUCCUUGCUGCAUCUGAUCGCCCUCUUCUGUCUGGUCACCUAUCCGAUACAAGAAAUGCGGUUUUACACGAUUCUUUGGGCUCUAUUCAUGGGCGGCGUUGCUGGAUUUGGCGUGACAGCAGGUGCUCAUCGCUUCUGGACACAUCGCAGCUAUAAGGCGAACGCGCUCCUCAGAAGCCUUUUGAUGAUCAGCUACUCAGUAGCUGGUCAGAACACCAUGUACGAUUGGGUGCGAGAUCAUCGAGUGCAUCACAAGUACUCGGAAACGGACGCCGAUCCGCAUAAUGCGAAUCGCGGCUUCUUCUUCUCGCACGUUGGCUGGCUAAUGAUGCUGAAGCAUCCGGAAGUGUUGCGUCGUGGCCGUCAGAUCGACAUGAGCGACAUCGUUUCGGAUCCCGUCAUACAAUUCCAUCAGAAGUACUUCUAUGUGCUGAAGGUGAUGCUCUGCUUCGUGCUGCCCACGCUGGUGCCGGUCUACUGCUGGAACGACUCCUGGUACCACGCCUUCGUGACCCAGUGUCUGUUCCGUUACGUGUUCAGCCUGAACUUCACCUGGUCGGUGAAUAGUGCCGCCCAUCUGUGGGGCUCGCGUCCAUAUGACAAGCGCAUCAUGCCGAGCGAGAACAUCUACGUGUCCAUCAUAUCCAUGGGCGAGGGCUGGCACAACUACCAUCACGUCUUCCCCUGGGACUACAAAGCAGCUGAGCUGGGCUACAAGGUCAACUUCACCACCAUGGUGCUGGACAUAUUCCACAAACUAGGCUGGGCGUACGACAUGAAGCAGCCGUCCAAGGAGCUGGUGCGUCGCACUCUCGAGAAGUUUGGCGACGGGUCACAUGAAUCGCAACGUGGCAAGGGAGCAGCUCAAUUUGGUGCCGUGCCCACCCAAAUGGUUGGGCAUAUCCACUACGCCGAGGUGCCGGAUCCCGAGCUGGAGUACGAUGCCGAGUCGAGCAGCACUGAGAGCGCCAAGCUCGACGAGAAUGAGAACGAGGGCGAGCGACAGAAGAAGGCGACAAAAAAGUUGGCCGCUUAAGGAUUAGGUAGUAGUUACAGCUGCUAAGGACAGAUUGUGAAUUGUCAAGGAUUCAGCGGUUUACUUAAGUGUGGGGCUCUUCAACAACAACAACAAAAAACAACAAGAAAAAAAAAUACAAACAUCAAAAACAAAUAUGUUCGUAAAAAUCUUAACCCUUAACUCAUAAAAUCAUGCGAGGUCUUGUCAUACCAGAAGCAGGCCACAUAUGGCUGUUUCUAUAUAUAACUAUAUAUAUCCUUGAAUAGGUAUAUAUAUAGGUAUAUAUAAAUAUAUAAUUAAUUAUAUACGAUAUACGGACGAUAUAUGUUUCUAGGCAUCCGCAACUUGUGCGUCUUGGGCGUGGGGCGGGUGAUGGUCGAUUAUCGUUUCUUUUAUUAAAUUAAUAUUCUUAUUAUAAUUAUUCUGUUAUUCUUAUAUUCGUAUCGCAUAAUCUGCAAUGGGUCGAGGGCCGUGUGCACACAAGAAAUUCUACCAAUAAAUGCAGAUACACACACAAACACGCACAUACGAAUUCCCUAGCCCCAAUCAGAGAUUCCAUAUUCAACGAUAUCCACAAAUAUCCCUCAUUUAUCCAUUUGCGUAGGUUUAGGUAUUCUCUAGCAUACUAUAUUGGUACGACAUAAUUUAAGCGAAACACUUUUAUAAAUUAAUGUUUGCAAAUUAAAUAAACACACGAGCAUCAAAAGCAAUAUGCCACAAAUAACGAGUGUAAAAUAAAUAAUUUACAAAAAAUA